UAUCGUACGUGGCGUACGUAUAGAAAACUGUGCAGUUUUAUAACAUACACUCUACGAUUUAUCGGUACCGUUCGGACGGUACAGUCUAAUCGUAACGAUUUCUCGUAGUGUGUAUGGCUACCAUUAGGAGCAUGGGCGAUUUCGCGCCAAAAUCUGACACCGAAAACCGGAUUGUUUUGUUCUGUUGAAAAUAAUAUUUUCUAUUUAUCAGGAAGCUAUUGCUUUGUUUGUGAAUUUCGUCUGAAAUAAUCAGAAAAUGGAAGAAGGUGACUUUGAUCAACGGCUAAGAGAUUUACAAAGAGAAUAUUUGGAAUUUUUGGAUGAUGAAGAAGAUCAAGGAAUAUACAUGGAACAAGUCAAACAAAUGAUAGCUGAUAAUUCCAAACGCCUUAUUGUUAAUGUGAAUGAUUUGAGAAGAAAGAAUCCACAGCGCGCUAAGAACUUGCUGGAAAACGCAUUUGAAGAACAAAUAGCAUUUCAGAGAGCCUUAAAAGAAUAUGUUUCGUCUAUUGACCCAACAUAUGCUAAAGUUCAGGAAGAGUUUUUUGUGGCGUUUUCUGGUAGUUUUGGUAACAAACAUGUAACACCUAGAAGCUUGACGUCAAGGUAUUUGGGCAACUUAAUUUGUGUAGAGGGUAUCGUUACCAGAGUGUCGUUGGUCCGUCCUAAAGUAGUCCGCAGUGUUCAUUAUUGUCCAGCUACUAAGAAAGUAAUGGAACGCAAGUACACUGACCUUACCUCAUUCGAGGCUUUUCCUACUUCAGCAGUCUACCCUACCAAGGAUGAUGAAGGCAACCCAUUAGAAACAGAAUUUGGUUUGUCUCGUUACAAAGAUCACCAGACUCUUACAGUCCAGGAGAUGCCAGAGAGAGCCCCAGCUGGCCAGCUACCACGCAGUGUGGACGUUGUCUGUGACGACGACCUUGUGGACAAGUGUAAGCCCGGUGACAGGGUGCAAAUUGUUGGCAACUAUAGAUGUUUACCCUCAAAGCAGGGUAGUUUUACAGCUGGUACUUUUAGGACUAUACUAAUAGCAAAUAAUGUAACCCAAAUAAACAAAGAAAUGAACAUGAAUGUAACGCUCGAGGACAUCAAGUUGUGUAAGCGCUUAGCAAAACGUGCUACAGUAGAUAUGUUUGAGUUGCUAAGUAAAUCAUUGGCCCCCUCAAUACAUGGUCAUGACUACAUCAAGAAGGCAAUAUUGUGCCUGCUUCUAGGAGGAAUGGAGAAGAUUUUACCUAAUGGCACAAGACUGAGAGGCGAUAUAAACGUCCUCUUAAUCGGCGAUCCUUCAGUGGCCAAGUCUCAACUACUGCGCUACGUAUUAUCGACGGCGCCUCGCGCGGUCACCACCACGGGGCGCGGCUCCUCGGGUGUGGGGCUUACUGCUGCCGUCACCACCGACCCCGACACGGGGGACCGCAGGCUAGAGGCAGGCGCCAUGGUUCUCGCUGACCGUGGCGUGGUCUGCAUCGACGAGUUCGACAAAAUGUCGGACAUCGACCGCACCGCCAUCCAUGAGGUGAUGGAACAGGGCCGUGUCACCAUCGCCAAGGCGGGAGUGCAUGCCACACUCAACGCGCGCUGCUCAGUACUGGCGGCUGCCAACCCAGUCUACGGCAGGUACGACCAAUACAAGACCCCCAUGGAGAACAUCGGCCUCCAAGACUCACUGCUCUCCCGUUUCGACCUGCUGUUCGUGAUGUUGGACAUCGCGGACGCGGACCACGACAAUAUGAUCUCGGAACAUGUCCUACGGAUGCACCGAUACAGAAAUCCGAAGGAGCAAGAUGGCGAAGUUUUACCUAUGGGUUCUUUAGUCGAAAUGCUUUCUACAGAAAAUCCGGACAACGAACAAGCUGAGGAGACCAACGAAUCCAUCUACGAGAAAUACGAUCCCCUCCUGCACGGCAACACUCGCAGUAAGAAGGAUCAGAUUCUGAGCACCAAAUUCAUGCGCAAGUACAUUCACAUCGCGCGCCUCAUGAAGCCGAAGUUGACCCAAGAAGCUUCAGAUACCAUCGCCGAUGAAUACGCGAAGCUGAGGAACCAGGACACUAUGGACAGCGACGUGGCUAGGACGCAGCCAGUGACAGCGCGUACUUUAGAGACUUUGAUCCGCCUAUCAACUGCACACGCCAAGUGCCGGCUAAGCUUCCAGAUCACAGAAACAGAUGCUCAGGCCGCCAUAGAACUGGUGCACUUCGCUUACUUCAAGAAGGUAUUAACUAAGGAGAAACGCCGUAAGCGCCGCGCUUCGUCUGACGAAGAAGCCGGGUCAGACAGCGAGCAGCCGUCGCAGCCGAGGGCAAAGAGGUCACGGAAAACGGGCGGCACAAACGGCGCUGGUGAUGCAGAUCCAUACACGUUCUCAUCGGACGAAGAAAUGGAGCCCGUACUGAGGGCCGCGCGUGACACACAACCGGACAGGCAUACUGUCGCCGCUACCGCGGGGAAACCCAUCGACAAUGAGAGGCUGGCUCUCUUCAAAUCGGCACUCCAGCAGUUAUUCCGCGAAGAACGCGCCAACUCUCUACCCUUAGACAGAGUCCGUGCGUACGUCAACGAGAAGUAUUCGCACGCGACAUUCGACGAUCAGGAACUGAACUUAGCACUGGCUCGGAUGACUAAGGACAACCAUGUGAUGAUGGCCGAUGACAUCGUCUUCUUGAUUUAAGUACGUUCCUUUUGUCUGAGUACUUGUCUAUCAUGUUUACAAUCUAUACUUAGAAGCGUCAAUUUAAUGUUUAUGUCAUCGAGUAGUAUUCACAC